UACCAGCCGGCGCGCUCUGCGCCGUGCGCGCGCACACACACACGCACGCUGAGUUCUUCCGAGCUCGACGAAAAACUCCUAACUUUAAAGUCUGUCUGGUGACGUCACGCCGAGCUGCUGUUAGAAAAGUGAGGUUGUCUUUGGGUCCUGAGGUUUUGGUGCCAUGCCUGAAGGAUUUCACAGCUCCAACCAUGAGGUCCCCACAAGUGACGAGUCCCCCCACCUGUCCACGGCUUCCAUCAGUAGCAGUGAGCGCGCUCCAUCAGCCACGCCCUCUGAGUCCUCUGAUCUACCCUCUUCCGGCUGCCGCCCGGUGAGCCUGGUCUCCACGCUGUCCUCGGGAUCUGGAUCUUCGCGUGACGAUGUCCUUGCUGCAAUGCCAUCAGCCCAAGUCUCUGAUCCUGACAUUGUUUUGGGUCUAAGGCCUGCAGAGGGCGCUGCAGAUGCUGAUUGGACUCUUUCAGGGAUCAGUCUGAUCCAGGAUCACAGGAAACGGAUCUCGACACAGACACGAGCAGCCAGUCACCACCAGGUGGCGUCUGCAGCCAGAAGAAUGGCCCCAAAAUCUGAUUUGAGUUACUUGGACCGUGUCAUUAUGGAAAUCAUCGAGACAGAGCGAAUGUACGUUCGAGAUCUGCGCAUGAUCGUGGAGGACUACCUGGCUCACAUCAUCGAUCAGACUGAUCUGUCCAUCCGUCCUGAGCAGGUCUGCGCUCUGUUCGGGAACAUCGAGGACAUCUACGAGUUCAACAGCGAGCUGCUUCAGGCUCUGGACCUCUGCAACAAUGACCCCGUGGCCAUCGCCAGGUGCUUUGUCAUGAAGAGUGAGUACUUUGAGAUCUACACACAGUACUGCACGAACUACCCAAAUUCGGUGGCUUCACUAACGGAGUGCUUGAGGAAUAAAUCUCUGGCCAGAUUUUUUCGUGAACGUCAGGUGGUGCUGAAGUGUUCACUGCCUUUGGGUUCAUACCUGCUCAAACCGGUUCAGAGGAUCCUGAAAUACCACCUGCUGCUCCAGGAGAUCGCGAAGCACUUUGACCCAGAGGAGGAGGGAUACGAGGUUCUGGAGGACGCCAUCUACACCAUGACCGCAGUGGCGUGGUACAUCAACGACAUGAAGAGGAAACACGAGCACGCCGUCAGACUGCAGGAAGUUCAGUCGCUGCUGUUGAACUGGAAAGGUCCUGACCUCACCACCUACGGCGAGCUGGUACUGGAGGGAACCUUCAAGGUCCAUCGAGCCAAGAACGAGCGGACGCUCUUCCUGUUUCAGCGCAUGCUGCUCAUCACCAAGCGCCGCUGCGAGCACUUCAUCUACAAGGCGCACAUCUCUUGCUCCACCCUCAUGCUGGUCGAGAGUGCCAAAGACUCCACCAGCUUCAGCGUCACGCAUUACAAACACCCCAAACAGCCACACACCGUCCAGGCAAAAACCCUGGAGGAGAAGAAACUGUGGGCUCACCACAUCAAACGCCUGAUCCUGGAGAACCACCACGCCGUCAUCCCGCAGAAGGCGAAGGAGGCCAUCUUAGAAAUGGAUUCUUUUUGUCCUUCUGGGUAUCGUUUCAGUCCUGAGCGGCUGAGAAAAGUUCUGUCCUGUCAGUCCAAUGAGUUUACACGAGAAGGUCGCCAGGGACGACGGCAGUCAGAACCAAUCAAACGCAUCCUGAAGAUCAACAAAGCGACGCCAAAGCAUGCAGACAGUGAUGGCACGUUACCAGGACACAGGCACAGCCUGCAGCUCGCCAUCAGCAAAGAGGAAGCUCGCCCGCAUGAAGCAGGGGCAGAGCUUGCCAGCAAGAAGGACUCUCAUGAACAUCUGAGCUACAGCGAGGAGGAAGAGCCUCAGGAGACGACCAGUCAGCCGGCAUGUGAGAACGAAUCAGACGAGAUGAUCCUGGAGGAUGACCAGGUAGCUGACUUCACCAGCUCCAUGCUGGCCGCCAUUUCCUCCUGGCACUACAGGGUGAAGACUUUGUUUUCCCCGGGUGUGAUCACGGACUUUGAUUAUGAAGAUGUUUCUUCCAGCAGUCACAGUCACCUGCCCGAGGAUGAAGAACCAACAGGAAGUGAAGCAACAUGUGAUGAGCCUCCUGCAGAUGUUCUGCAGCAGGAGGAAACAUAUGAGUUUGGUCCAAUAGGAAGCCCUGAAACCGAAGCCUCCUCAGAUCCAGACCGCUCUUCUGUCAGUGGGUCCAGGAUUUCAGAUUCCCUUCUAGGAUCACAAGCUCUGGAACCAGAGUCCAGAAAGGAACCAUCCUCCACUACACCUGAGUCAGAUUCCAAAACCUUAAGCAGUGGAACAUCUUCAGAGGAUGAGGAUGAUGGGGAAGCAGUAGGCAAGGACAGUGAACCAUCCAGCAUUCUACCUUCCUCUGUCUUGGACAAAGCCAGCACCAUUGCUCAGCACUUUACCAACAGUAUUAAAAGAGGAAGCCUUCCCAUGGACGAUGCACGAUCCCUUAGCAGUGCGUCACCACGGUUACACCGGAGGACCAGCAGCAACCUCAGCCUCAGUGCUGAAUUCAGUGACCAACCUUUGCAGCUCUACAGCAGCUAUUCUGAGCCUGCGGAGAACUUUAGUAUGACAGACAUGACCCUGGUUUCUCCUCAGGAUGAUUCCCUCUUUGAUUCUGACCGUGGCCUUCGGCGGAGACGGGACUCAACCCUCUCGAAACAAGACCAGCUUCUGAUUGGAAAAAUCAGGAGUUACUAUGAGAAUGCCAGCAAUCAGGAUGCUACCUUCGGUCUGCAGCGCCGGGAGAGCCUGACUUACAUUCCAGCGGGGCUCGUCAAGAGCUCCAUUAGCCGGUUCAACAGCAUCCCAAAGGAUGAGGAUGAAGCAGUGGAAGAACAACUUUCACAAACUGUCCAGGAAAGUAAGUCUGGUGCAAACACAUCCUGCUUUCUCAAUCCCCUGAAACUGAAAACAGACACUUGUUUUUCUUCAGAAUCUUUGGGACCAGUGGACUCAAGUGUUUCUGUGGAUUCAUUAAAGAUGGAUCAUAGAAGCCCAGAAAUGGAAAACCUCUGUCUUAAUACUGGACCAAGUCUUGAAUCCAGCUCUCAGGACAUACUGCAGAAGAAGGUUGAGGAUGACGAUUUCAGACCUUCUUUGAAAAUGAUAAAGGUCUGGCAGGCAAUGGAGCAAGACCUCACCAGAUCCCACAACCCCCUGAGACUAGCCAGAACAACCCCUGUGGACAACACAAAUAAGAAUUGUGAGCAAAAAUGCUUAAAGUCUGACUUAAGCUCCAUCACAGAAGAAUCCACAAGCCUGUCGCCUUUCAAGUACAAAUCCUCUAGAGUGAACAGUACAGUGAAUGUAAAGAACACCCUCAACGGGUUUGGGGAAGAGUCAGUCCCAGCUCUGAUUCCUUGUUUCAAACAAUUAAAAACUGAGGCAGAGGGAAAGAGAAGUCAAUAUGAGGAAUCAAAUCAGGUUGAUAGUGCAGAAAAGGCAAACAGGACAGUCCUCCAUCUGGCCCGUCAGUACAGCCAGCGCCUCAGAACCACCAAACUGGUGGUCAGGCAGCAAAGCCACACCAUCCUGACCAGAAAGAAGAGCCUCCUCAGUGUGUUUGAGGAAAACGAGAUUUCAGGUACAUCCAGCUUGCCUGGGACACUGGUUUCACUCAGUCCUAUUACUGGCGGACCUUUAAACCUGAAAGGCCAAUGUCCACGUCCCACCCACGCCACCAACUCUUGGGUCACACCUCCAGCCCAGGCUUGUUCUCCAAGCCCUACAAGCCCUCCUCCUGCUGAGGGAUUCAGCUGGCCCCACGUCCGUGAACUGUGCUCCAGAUACACCACCAAAGACCUCUACCACAUCCAGAAUCAAAUGAUUCCAGGAAAAACUGCUUUAAGAAGAAGCUCCAGCUGCUCGUUGAGUUUCCUUGAUGCAGAUGGACUUUCAGACAAUGUUCCUGCUUACAAACCUCAUGUCAGCGACGAGGAAUGCAGCCGACACCUUCACAUAGCCAAUUCUCUGGACCCCCAUCAUAGAGGAGUCCAGCAGGACCAGUUGCAGGGUCUUCACCACCAUGUUGCCAACAACAUCUGUGACGAUUAUUACAUUGCUGCUAAGGCACCGUUAGCAAAUGACCCUAACCACAACAUAAUCAUAUUUGAGAAGCUUCCAGGUUCCUGCUCAGGACGAGCUGAAGAAGAAGCUGAUGACAGCUAUGUUCAGAUCCGUUCACCAACCAGCAGGGAGAAGAUCUCCCUCGUGGCUGUUAUGGAGCGAUGUCGGGCCUAUCAGGAAUCUGAGCAGAAACAAAGAGAUGAUUCCAGACCCAAAACUGAGUCAGUCACGCCACCAGAGGUUUAUAAGAAGACACUGCACCCUAGUGACCAGUGUGUGUCUGGCACAAGGAGUCCAAAGACCGGUCAGCAGAACAUUGUGAAGAAUCUGAGGGAAAAAUUCCAAAGUUUCAGCUGAAAGAUUCAGAAGGCUAAAAGCAGUUUUAGUGACGGUGUUCCUGAGUGUCACCUGAGGACUCUGGAGUUAUGAGCUGUGAUUAAAGCAGGUCCAGGACAGGUGGUGUCCAGGACCAAAGCUGGACUUAAAGUCACACUUUGUGACUGUGGACUUUUCGGACCACAGCUCACCUUUAACUUUUCCUCUGUUUUCUUCAGAACACCAGGAAAAAACAAACUCUAUGAAUGAUGUGAAACUAAGUCCUGAUACGUAGCUGAAGUUUUUUUUCUUGUGCUAAUUAAACAGAUAUUUCAC